UCUGACUUAGAGUAUCCGCAACGUCUGCACGACGCGCACACUGACCUACCGUUCUGUCCGACGCGGGGCAAACCGCCAAACAAAAAGCAGAACAAGCUUCUCGCAACCUUAUGCGAUAAGUAGCGUUAUGUGAUUCAUUAUCGCAACCUGCAACAGUGCACGCGUCACAGUCUUCGUAUUGGAAAGAUACACCGCAUACUCAAAUUUGCUCAAUCUCCAUGGCUCCGCGAUUAUACCGAACUUAAUACGCAGUUUAGAACACGCGGGACAAACGAUUUCGAGAAAAAUUUGUACAAAUUGAUGAGCAACGCGGUGUUCGGUAAAACUAUGGAAAACGUUCGCAAUCACGUAGACGUAAAACUAUUGACAAAAUGGGACGGACGAUACGGUGCUGAGGCAAUGAUUGCGAGACCAAAUUUUCAUAGCAGAAGUGUCUUCGGAAAAUUUAAUCGCCGUUGAGCUACAUAAACUUGAGGUGAAAUUCAAUAAGCCGAUCUAUGUGGGUAUGUGUAUCCUUGACAUAUCCAAGAUCUGCUUAUACGAAUUUUAUCACGAGUACAUGUCUCCUCUGUAUCAGAACAAAUGUAAAGUAAUGUACACCGAUACUGACAAUUUAAUCUACCAUAUCCAAUGCGAUGAUAUUUUCGAGCACAUGAAACGUAAUAUUUCUAAGUUUGAUACGAGUGAUUAUCCCGCUGAUAACGAGUACGGUAUACCGCUUGUCAACAAAAAGGUACCAGGUCUGAUGAAAGAUGAAAAUAACGGAGCGAUUAUGACGGAAUUCGUCGGGCUCAGAGCAAAGAUGUACGCGCUAAAGGUAGACAGCAAAAAUGACACGAAGAAGGCGAAAGGUGUGAAGACCAAUGUCGUAGCGCGAACUAUAACGUUUGAUGAUUAUAUGCAGUGUCUGAGAGAUGAGGUCGAAAAGCAACGUCGUCAGUCAUGCAUACGAUCCAAAAUGCACAAAGUCUACACCGUGUCCGAACUGAAAACUGCUCUGAGUCCGUAUGAUGACAAGCGGUAUAUCGUACCGAACUCAACAGACAUUUUACCAUGGGGACAUUACAGGAUACAAUUGUAAACUAAAAAGCGAUCAUUGUGCAUACAUGUAUAUUGUAAAAUGA